AUACACACACACACACACACACACCACACGCACGCACGCACAUACUCUCCACAGGAAACUCCAUAAUGCGAAGGCACCUCAGAGCAGACGGGUGCAUUGCUCAAACCAAGUGGGAUACGGUGCGGCUUUGAUAGUGCGUUAAUUACUCAUGUGAUGUGAUACAGAUGUCUGGGGGCUUCAGCCGAAAGUUUGCCUGACGGUUUUCAAGGGGGCCAGGCAGACAUUUUAGAAGCGAGACCCAUUGGUACCGUCUUUGAAUCAGUGAAACCAAAGCGCUGAAUGCGUUCCAUAAUGGGCAACCCGGCUGUACAUAUGUUGCUGCUAAUGGCCUGUAUGGCAGCCAGAGGAAUGUGCCAGAUAAACAGAGCUGAAGCAGAUGAGGAUUCUCUCCCAGGCUCUCUCGUCCACUCCACCCUGCAGCCUACAGGUUUCCACAGCACCGGCAGUACCAGCAGGGCGCCCGGCCUCCGCCCGGGGGUCGAGGCACAAUCUUCGGGGUGGGGAAACGACAGCGUCGUGAAGAGGCCGAUGCGGCCUCCGCGGUGCCUCGUGACCACCUCGAUUAGCGGCUACUUUAAGUACAUCAACACCAUGAUUUCCGUUGUCGUGUUUGUCGUCGGCCUGGUCGGCAACGCCACCCUGCUGAGGAUUAUAUACCACAACAAGUGCAUGAGGAACGGGCCAAACGCCCUCAUUGCCAGCCUGGCAUUGGGGGACCUCCUCUACAUAAUCACGGGUAUACCCAUCAAUGUAUUCAAGCUGCUGGCGUCGCGCUGGCCUUUCGAAGCCACCGCGUUUGGCCUGUUUCUGUGCAAGUCGCUGCCCUUCCUGCAGAAAGCUUCUGUGGGCAUCACGGUUCUCAACCUGUGCGCGCUCAGCGUGGACAGGUACAGAGCCGUGGCGUCCUGGAGCAGAGUGCAGGGGGUGGGCAUCCCUCUGCUCACGCUCACGGAGAUCGUGUCCAUUUGGCUGCUGUCUCUCUUCCUGGCCGUGCCGGAGGCCAUCGGGUUCGACAUGGUCGACUUUCACCGCGGGAACCAAACCAUACGCACCUGCAUGCUAAAGCCCAAGGGUGGCUUCAUGGAGUUCUACAGGGAUGCAAAAGACUGGUGGUUGUUCGGCUUCUACUUUUGCGUACCGCUCACCUGCACCGCCGUAUUCUACACUCUGAUGACCUGCGAGAUGCUGAACCGCAGGAACGGCAGCCUACGGAUCGCCCUCAGUGAGCACCUCAAACAGAGGAGGGAGGUGGCCAGAGCCGUUUUCUGCCUCGUCCUUAUCUUUGCCCUCUGCUGGUUCCCGAUGCACCUCAGCAGGAUCCUUAAGAAGAUGGUUUACUAUCCGCAGGAUAACAAGCGCUGUGAGCUGUUGAAGUGAGUUUUGGUGGAACAAAUGUAACUUGAAGGUGUAAAGGACACAGAAUAUGCAAAAGUACAUAGCACAGCACUGUUUUGUCAUAUUAAAUGUCUUU